AUGUGUCGGCCGUGUAGGCUCGUUUCUGCAGCAAGAUGGAUAGUGCUAGGCAUAAGUAUCGCCAUAAUCAUCAUCUCAUGCUUGCAAGUGCACUACGCGGUAUUGAGAAUUUCGAACAAGACAAUCGGGGCUGACGAUAAGCGAGAGGUCGAAUUUUCGUUCGUGGAAUGCAUUGUUCUGUUAGGUUUGGCAGUUGUAGGUAUUUUGGGUUCUACCGUACCCAAUGAUUGGCUCAAGGCGAGGAUGAUAGCUGUGUACACCACAGGAAUGACCGUUCUAGUAGUAUACCAGUUAUACUGCACUUACCAUAUCCUAGCUGACAUCGUCGAUCUUGAGGACACCAGAACCUACUUGGAGGAAAAAUUUGCCGAUAGAAAAACAGACGUCACAGAUUGGGUUCAAGAGUACUGGCAGUGCUGUGGUAUUGACGAUGCCGAGUAUUGGACAGCGAAGAAUAAAACAAUUCCCAAGUCUUGCAAAAACAAGUACGGCAAAUUGAAUAAUGUAGGAUGCUUCGAUCUCUUCUAUGCCAGCAGGAAAAGUAUAUUAGCAGUUACUUUGUUUUGCUUUUGUAGCAAUAUAGCGUUGUCAAUUGUUGGUACAGCUUUCGGUUAUCGUUUAUUAAACAGCCUGCGAGAGGCAUGGUACGGCCCAGCAAUCAGUGAUUUGCCUAUUAUGGGAUGA